GCGCCUGGUGACAACGGUCAAUAAUGAAGGUGGCUGCGGCGCGGCGGCAGACUCGGCUGCUCCGGGUGGGGGCGGCGCCGGGACCGCGCCUGUAGGACCUCAGGGCCGGCGCAGCAGGAUGGGGACCGGGCGCGGGGAGUGAGGCGGUGGCGGCGAGCGGCACGUCAACAGGAGGGGCUCGCCGGCUUCCCCCCUCUGGCUCUUCCGUCUCCACCUGCAGCCCCGUGGCCCCCCCGCGUCCCUCGGGACCCGGUCGGCGACGGCGGGGGCAUGUGGCGCUGGGUCCGGCAGCAGCUGGGUUUUGACCCACCACAUCAAAGUGACACAAGAACAAUUUACAUAGCCAACAGAUUUCCUCAGAAUGGCCUUUAUACACCUCAGAAAUUUAUAGAUAACCGGAUCAUUUCAUCUAAGUAUACUGUGUGGAAUUUUGUUCCCAAAAAUUUAUUUGAACAGUUCAGAAGAGUGGCAAACUUUUAUUUUCUUAUUAUAUUUUUAGUUCAGCUUAUGAUUGAUACACCUACCAGUCCUAUUACCAGUGGACUUCCAUUAUUCUUUGUGAUAACAGUAACUGCUAUAAAACAGGGAUAUGAAGAUUGGUUGCGGCAUAACUCAGAUAAUGAAGUAAAUGGAGCUCCUGUUUAUGUCGUUCGAAGUGGUGGCCUUGUGAAAACUAGAUCAAAAAAUAUUCGGGUGGGUGAUAUUGUUCGAGUAGCCAAAGAUGAGAUUUUUCCUGCAGACUUGGUGCUUCUGUCCUCGGAUAGACUUGAUGGUUCAUGUCACAUUACAACUGCCAGUUUGGAUGGAGAAACUAACCUCAAGACACAUGUGUCAGUUCCAGAAACAGCAGUGUUACAAACAGUUGCCAGUUUGGAUACUCUGGUAGCAGUGGUAGAAUGCCAGCAACCAGAAGCAGACCUAUACAGAUUCAUGGGACGAAUGAUAAUAACUCAACAAAUGGAAGAAAUUGUAAGACCUCUGGGGCCAGAGAGUCUCUUGCUUCGUGGAGCUAGAUUAAAAAACACAAAAGAAAUUUUUGGUGUUGCUGUAUACACUGGAAUGGAAACUAAAAUGGCAUUAAAUUACAAAAGCAAAUCACAGAAGCGAUCUGCAGUAGAAAAGUCAAUGAAUACAUUUUUGAUCAUUUAUCUAAUAAUCCUUAUUUCUGAAGCCAUCAUCAGUACUAUCUUGAAAUAUACAUGGCAAGCUGAAGAAAAAUGGGAUGAGCCUUGGUAUAACCAAAAAACAGAACAUCAGAGAAAUAGUAGUAAGAUUCUGAGAUUUAUUUCAGACUUCCUUGCUUUUUUGGUACUCUACAAUUUCAUCAUUCCAAUUUCAUUAUAUGUCACGGUUGAAAUGCAGAAAUUUCUUGGGUCAUUUUUUAUUGGUUGGGAUCUUGAUCUUUAUCAUGAAGAAUCAGAUCAGAAAGCUCAAGUCAAUACUUCUGAUCUGAAUGAAGAGCUUGGACAGGUGGAAUAUGUGUUUACAGAUAAAACUGGUACACUGACGGAAAAUGAGAUGCAGUUUCGAGAAUGUUCAAUUAAUGGCAUGAAAUAUCAAGAAAUCAACGGUAGACUUGUACCCGAAGGACCAACACCAGAUUCUCCAGAAGGAAAUUUAUCUUAUCUUAGCAGUUUAUCUCAUGUUAACAAUUUUUCCCAUCUUAGAACCAGUUCCUCUUUCCAAACCAGUCCUGAAAAUGAUGCUGAACUGAUUAAAGAACAUGAUCUCUUCUUUAAAGCAGUCAGUCUCUGUCACACGGUGCAGAUCAGCAGUGUUCAAACCGACGGCACUGGGGAUGGCCCCUGGCAGUCCAGCCUGGCCCCCUCCCAGGUGGAGUACUAUGCCUCUUCCCCAGACGAAAAGGCACUCGUGGAAGCUGCUGCACGAAUUGGUGUUGUAUUUGUCGGCAAUUCUGAAGAAACUAUGGAAGUUAAAAUACUUGGAAAACUGGAAAGGUACAAACUGCUUCAUAUCUUGGAAUUUGAUUCAGAUCGUAGGAGAAUGAGUGUAAUUGUUCAGGCACCUUCAGGUGAAAGGCUUUUAUUUGCUAAGGGAGCCGAGUCAUCUAUUCUCCCCAAAUGUGUAGGAGGAGAAACAGAAAAAACCAGAAUUCAUGUAGAUGAAUUUGCUUUGAAAGGACUAAGAACUCUGUGUAUAGCCUAUAGAAAAUUUACACCAAAAGAAUAUGAGGUAAUAGACAGACGCCUGUUUGAGGCUAGGACUGCCCUGCAGCAGCGGGAAGAGAAGUUGGCAGAUGUCUUCCAGUUUAUAGAGAAAGACUUGGUAUUACUUGGAGCCACAGCAGUGGAAGACAGACUACAAGAUAAAGUUCGAGAAACUAUUGAAGCAUUGAGAAUGGCUGGCAUCAAAGUGUGGGUCCUCACUGGAGAUAAACAUGAAACAGCUGUUAGUGUGAGUUUAUCAUGUGGACAUUUUCAUAGAACCAUGAACAUCCUUGAGCUUACAAACCAGAAGUCAGACAGUGAAUGUGCUGAACAGUUACGGCAGCUUGCCAGAAGAAUUACAGAGGAUCAUGUCAUUCAGCACGGGCUAGUAGUGGAUGGAACCAGCCUGUCUCUUGCACUCAGGGAGCAUGAAAAGCUAUUCAUGGAAGUUUGCAGAAAUUGUUCAGCUGUGUUAUGCUGUCGUAUGGCACCACUGCAGAAAGCAAAAGUAAUAAGACUAAUAAAAAUCUCCCCUGAGAAACCUAUUACCCUGGCUGUUGGGGAUGGUGCUAAUGACGUCAGUAUGAUACAAGAGGCACAUGUUGGAAUAGGAAUCAUGGGUAAAGAAGGACGACAGGCUGCAAGGAAUAGUGACUAUGCAAUAGCUAGAUUUAAAUUUCUCUCCAAAUUACUUUUUGUUCAUGGUCAUUUUUAUUAUAUUAGAAUAGCAACCCUUGUACAGUAUUUUUUUUAUAAGAAUGUGUGUUUUAUCACACCCCAGUUUUUAUAUCAGUUCUACUGCUUGUUUUCUCAACAAACACUGUAUGACAGCGUGUAUUUAACUUUAUACAAUAUUUGUUUUACUUCCCUACCUAUUCUGAUAUAUAGUCUUUUGGAACAACAUAUAGACCCUCAUAUAUUACAGAACAAACCUACCCUCUAUCGAGACAUUAGUAAAAAUCGUCUCUUAAGCAUUAAAACAUUUCUUUAUUGGACCAUCCUGGGUUUCAGUCAUGCCUUUAUUUUCUUUUUUGGAUCCUAUUUUCUAAUGGGGGAAGACACAUCUCUGCUUGGAAACGGCCAGAUGUUUGGAAACUGGACAUUUGGCACUUUGGUCUUCACAGUCAUGGUUAUUACAGUGACAGUAAAGAUGGCUUUGGAAACUCAUUUUUGGACAUGGAUCAAUCAUCUUGUUACCUGGGGAUCCAUUAUAUUUUAUUUUGUAUUUUCUUUGUUUUAUGGAGGGAUUCUCUGGCCAUUUCUGGGCUCCCAGAAUAUGUACUUUGUAUUUAUUCAGCUCCUGUCAAGUGGCUCUGCUUGGUUUGCCAUAAUUCUUAUGGUUGUCACAUGUCUCUUUCUUGAUGUCGUAAAGAAGGUGUUUGACCGACAGCUCCAUCCUACGAGUACUGAAAAGGCACAGAUGUACUCCAACACAGUUGCUUUAAGUGACGAGUUCAUCGCACUGCAGCCUUUGUCGAGGGCAAGGAAUCAGCUGAGCAAACUUAGCUUACUGAAACAAAUUCAAGUAUCAAGUGCGUGGACUCCCUGUGCUGUUUCCCAGAAGGAGAGGCAACGUGCACAUCUGUUAGAAGAAUGCUGGAACGAGUUAUAGGAAGGUGUAGUCCCGCCCACCUCAGCAGAUCAUGGAGUGCCUCGGAUCCUUUCUAUACCAACGACAGGAGCAUCUUGACUCUCUCCACUAUGGACUCGUCUACCUGUUAAAGGGCAGUAGCACUGUGUGGGAGCCAUUUCACCUGCUAGGCUAAAAUUCCGCAUUGGCCAUCCUGUGAAUGGCCACACUUGCUCUGAAAUCUCUUGCUGAAACUUCGAGUAGUUCAUC